AUGGAUAAAACACAGGAGCCGGCGAAGAAGUGUUUCUGUGCAAGAUGCUUCCUUCCGGUUGAUCCCGAAGAUAGGGUCGACAUUGAAGGUCACAGCUUCCACAGGCUAUGCAGCAUGUGUUGUGUCUGCCGAACGAUUCCCCCGUCUCUGAAGAUGUUUUAUGGGCACGUAUUCUGCAACGAAUGUUUCAAGACCCACGUACUGUCGCGGUUCAGGGGGGAGAGUCCACGAAUCCACUCGAAUAGCUGGUGGAUGCAGUGGGCGCCUGGUGGCAAGCCGCAAGAGGCUGCUACUGACGACAAUAAUAAUAAUAAUAACAAAGAAGAAACGAAACCUGAGGACCAGCCUGCCGGAGAGGAGCCACCCAAAGGUGUAUUUGCGCGCGCUGCUUGCAAUGCGUUGAUGAAAGCAAUAAAGUAGACGUUGGCGGCCAGAGCUUCCACCCUCAAUGCGCGAAGUGCUACUUCUGCCACACGAUUCCAACGGACAACAUCAAGAUCUAUUACGGGCAAGUGUUUUGCGAGGAUUGCUUCAACAAGCACGUCCUGAACCGCAACAAGGACAACCCAGCCGAGUUCUUCAAGAAUUGCUUCGACCAAUGGCAGAAUAAUGCUCAAUUUGCGGAGAAUAUGAGGGAGUUCUUAGCGGGGAACAAGGAUAACUCCCCGUUUAUCUUCAUGAUGCAAGGACAACAGCCGCCUUUCUGCCGAUGUGGCUCUGGCCCGCAGGAAUGGUUUCAGAAUAACGAGCCCAAGAAAUCUGCAACACCAGCCGUUUCUAUUGCGGGCGAAUCGUUUGGCACCUGGGACCUUUCGUUCGAAAACCGGACAGAGGUUUCAGAUAUCCCCGAAUCCUGCAAUGCAAUUGACGAAUCAGCAAAUGUGGAAAAUUGUAAUGUGUGUGCAGCAGAAAAAAUCGAAAAGCUGACAAAAUAUCUUCAUGAGAGAGGUCAAAGCGAACCUGAAAAACGCAUUAAAAAAUGGAAAAACUUCAAUGAUAAUGAUAAAUUAUCGAAUGGCUCGAAUUAUGAGCCCUCGUACUGUGGAUGGGUUGAUCUACAAGAUUCGAAAUUUAGUAGAUCUGAAUUGGAUUGUCCUAAGUGUUUGUGGCAGUGUGGUCCUAUAUAUGUAAACAGUGAAUAUUUGCAAAAAGAAGUUUGUUGCGGAGAGAUUUAUAAAUAA